AUGGCGAUGUUCCGCAGCCUGGUGGCCUCGGCUCAGCAGCGACAGCCCCCGGGGGGGCCCGCGGGCGGCGACAGCGGCCUGGAGGCGCAGUACAGCUGCCCCAUCUGCCUGGAGGUCUACCACCGGCCUGUGGCCAUCGGCAGCUGUGGCCACACGUUCUGCGGGGAGUGCCUCCAGCCAUGCCUACAGGUACCAUCCCCCCUGUGCCCGCUGUGCCGCCUGCCCUUCGACCCCAAGAAGGUGGACAAGGCCACCCACGUGGAGAAGCAGCUCUCGUCCUACAAGGCACCCUGCCGGGGCUGUAGCAAGAAGGUGACACUGGCCAAGAUGAGGGUGCACGUUUCCUCAUGCAUGAAGGUCCAGGAGCAGAUGGCCAACUGUCCCAAGUUUGUCCCUGUGGUGCCCACAUCCCAGCCCAUUCCCAGUGCCGUCCCUAACAGGUCAACCUUCACCUGCCCUUACUGUGGCGCCCGCAACCUGGACCAGCAGGAGCUGGUGAAGCACUGUGUGGACAACCACCGCAGCGAUCCCAACCGUGUGGUGUGCCCCAUCUGCUCAGCAAUGCCCUGGGGUGACCCUAGCUACAAGAGCGCCAACUUCUUGCAGCACCUGCUCCACCGGCACAAGUUUUCCUACGACACUUUUGUGGACUACAGUAUCGAUGAGGAAGCCGCCUUCCAGGCUGCCCUGGCCCUGUCUCUCUCCGAGAACUGAAGGCGCAGCCCCGCCACCAGGACCGAACCUCCUGCCUCGGGGGACAGGGCCAUGCUUGCUCUCUGUGGCCCAGUGCCUGCACUUGAAUGCGCCUUGCGGGCCAGGUGGGCCUCCAUCAUUUCAGGAGAGGCGGUCCUCGGAUUGCCAGGCCGGGAGAGACCACUGUCCCCUCUCCAUCAGAGGAUGGUUGCCUGUGCUCCUGGUCAAGCGUGGCUGGUUUCUUCGGUGCUUCAGGCCAAGCAGGCAGCCCUCUCAGGGCCGGCCUGUUGGGACUGAGAGCAGUCAGCUAUCUGCCUCUCUCAAAGCCAUGGUGUCCUCCCCAUGCGGAGGGGGAGCCCCAGCGACACCCGGCCGGCCGCCGGCGUCUGGCAGCACUUCCCCUGUGCACCUGGUACUGGCUUUGUGAUACCUAGAAAUUCUGGCAUUUUUCUAUAUUAUCCAGUGUGAUAACCUUUUCACAUUUUAUAGAGCAAAGUCAAAGCAGUUUCUCUUCAUAUUGCAAUAUCUGUGUUUGACUAGGAACAAUAGUAUUUUUAUGGAGCAUUUACAAAAUUAUAUUUUUUAAAAAAAAAGUCAAAAACAAACUGUGUGGGAUCAAGCUGGGGAGGGAAGGAGAGAGGGAGCAAAUGCUGGGGCCAGAAUGAACCAUGGAGUUUCACUUGUGCACACGGGGUGGGGUGGCCACGCCCCAGGCCAGCUCAGUGUUUUCGAGGGUUCCUGUGGUUGUUUUGUCAUUUCCCUUUGAUAGUGACUUGGAAGAAAUCUCAAUUCCUUGGCCACUUGCAGUGGCUGCUGGGCUGUUCUGGGGCCUCCUCCUGCCCAGGGUCCUGGCCUCAGCCCCGCUGACCACAUCCUGCCUUAGGCAGGGCCACCCCCAGUGGUGGUAGAGCCUGGGGGGGGGGGGGCAGGGCUGUGCAAUGGUGGACUGGGCCAGAAAAUGCUUGUCAGUACUCUUGUUUGGUUCAUGGCAUAAAUUAUUACUAUCCUUUAAGAAAAAAUAAAAUGUUUGAAAGCGUC